AAUUAUUAUUAUACUUUCCCGGAGGGGUUCCGAGACGUACUACGCUCGUGUCUAAUACGGUUUGCUAGUUGCCUGACUAUCCGAGUCUUUUUUCAAGCGCGCGAUACAUCGUAUCCUAUCCCAUCGCAAUCUAGGCUACGCUUCUAAAUACAGAAUGCUUACGGCGCUGAGUACCUACUUACCCGGCAACCGUGGGCUGAGACAUCAUGCUAGCGGGCUCACUUGUUUACUUGCGUGCUUGUUUGCUUGCUUGCUUGCUUGCCUGCUUGCUGUCUUUCUCGCUUCCGCAAAGAGUACUAUAUAUAUAUAUAUAGAUACAAGAAGGCAGAAAAGAAGGGUGGAUAUGGGGAAAAGAGGCGUUUCCCGGACAAUCGGCGAUUUGAUGGCGCUGCCGUGGCGCGGCGAUGGCUUGGACAUGCGCGCGCACGAGACAGAUAAGUAGACACAUAACGGAUUCCGCGCUGCCCAGAACGGCAGGCCGAGAUAGCUAGGUGGCUGCUAAUGGGGAGCUGAUUCGGCGCCCCCCCGGAUGGGACUGAGUAUGACGUAGGAGGUGGUAGAGUAGGAGUAAACGGGUAAAUCAAGAUGGGGAUGGGGAUGGGGAUUGAGGGUUGGACAUAUGGAUAUCUAGCGAGGGGAUUUAGAAGUGGAUGUGUGGGAGAGACAGUUGUAGGGAUAUAGGUACCUAAGGUAAGUAUAAGUGAUCCGUUUGAAAGCUCUAGUUAUUGUAG